CCCAGUGCAAUAUAUCAAAUUUUGUAUAUGAGCGAUGAUCAACAGUGCAAGCCGAGCCAUUGUGCGCCCUGUUGUAGGUCCGACAAAGGCCCAGAUCAAGAACGUCCCAUCACUCGUCAAGUCUAGUCCAACCACAAGAAGAGGUGCUCUGCGUCUGUGCGUUGCAAUGGCGACGAGUCCCAUCAUUGAAGCCUACGUGAAAGGAAAUCCUGAGGCGCACGAGCGAGGCGAUUGCCCCUUUUCGCACCGCGCGCUGCUGACACUUGCAGAGAAGCACGUCCCGUACAAGGAAGAGUACAUUGACUUCAGCAACAAGCCAAAGUGGCUCUUUGACAUCAAUCCCAAGGGGAGCGUCCCCAUCAUCCAUGACCUGGAGGAAGACAGCUGGAUCCCAGACAGUGCAGCCAUUGUGGACUACCUGGAGGAGCGCUUCCCUGAGCCGCCUCUUGGCAAGCAUGAUGCACCUCCUCAUGUGGGAGAGACCUUGUUCCCCAGCUUUGUGGCGGCGCUGAAGGCCAAGAAGGGCACAGAUGAAGAGUCCAAGAAGAUCGGCACCUUGGUCCAGUCGCUGGAGGAGAUCAACAACUAUUUGAAGGACAACAAAAAGGAGUACCUUGGUGGCGCGAGGCCCAACCAGGCGGACCUGGGCCUUGCACCAAAGCUCUACCACGUCGAGCAUGCUAUGAGGGAAUACAAGGGCUGGGAGAUCCCAGAUGAGCUCACUGCUCUCAAGGAAUACAACCAGAGGAUCAGGAGCCGCGAGAGUUGGAAGCAGACUUACUACCCGCCAGAGAAGGUCGUUCAGGGAUGGAAAGCUCACCUGGAGGCUUGACUGGCGGACGAAAGCAAAGAACAGGCGACAUCUCACAUGAGCUGCGGACCUGUUGCAAGGAUUGAAUAAGAUGUAAAGCCGUGGCAGUGAUCGUCUACACCAUUCUUAUUGCAAGCUGCAUGCUGUGCAGCAAUGGCGCAAGAUGUGCAAGUGCAUGCGCCCUCAUUGAGUGACAAUCAUAUACAGGAGCGUGAGAAGAGUUGUUAAUUGCUAGCACAACCUGCCAAUUGACGAUUGUCAUGACUGAUCAGUUUUUCAUAAUCGGCCCAGGCAUCCUGAGUGACAAGGAUGACCGUUGUGGUAGUGCAUGUUGCUAUGUGUGGUGUGCAUAUCGCUGUGGUCGGCCCAACAUUGUAUGUGUGGUUGAGGAAAAUAAUAUGGUAUUUUAUGUGCUGGGCAAACGGAAGAUGGUUGGUCUCGUCUCAUGAAGAUUUAUCCUUAUCUGCGAGGUCCAGGAUUUUCUGAAGAAUCAUGAUGAAAGGACGAUGCAGUUGCUGCAACUCGGGAGCUGAUGAACAUCUCCAAUUGUAGAUGCUAAAAAUUUUAAUGCAUUGUGCUGCUGUGUUACGAGUCCUCUCCAUU